AAAGCGUAGCGUGGGUGGGGGGCGAGCGCGUUUGGCGGUGCUGCGGUCGGUGCUGAGCCUCUUGAACGCGGAGUGUUUUUUUUCAUAGCGUGGACUCAAAACAAGUCUUUAAACGUCGACCUUUCUCUCCUUUCGCGUCUCCAGCCUGCCGCUGAUUUCUUUUUGUUUGCAAGUGCAAUGUCGUCCGGCUCUGUCUACAUCCCCGAGCUGGUGGCGGAGAAAGACAGCCUCGACCCGUCCUUCGUGCAAGCCAUGCGGCUGCUGGGCGCAGAAAUAUCACGUCUGCAAAACGGGGGCGACGACAAGAAAGACGAUGACAAGAAAUAUCGGAACAUAAUUGGCGAGCAGAAUUUCAAGUUGGCGGAGAAGGUCCUCAUCCCAGCUAAGCAGCACCCGAAGUUCAACUUCGUGGGGAAACUGCUUGGCCCACAAGGAAACACGUUGAAACGACUGCAGGUUGAGACGGGCACCAGGAUGGCCAUCAUGGGCAAGGGGUGCAUGAAGGACAGAGCCAAGGAAGAGGAGCUCCGAAACAGCGGUGAGGCCAAGUACGUUCACUUGAAUGAAGAGCUGCACGUGCUCAUUGAAGUGUACGCACCGCUCCCUGAAGCCUACAGCCGCAUGGGGCACGCUCUCGAAGAGGUCAAGAAGUUCUUCAACCCGGACUACAACGAUGAAAUCUGCCAGGAGCAGCUGAUGGAAAUGACAUACCUGAAUGGCGUGGAGGUGCCCGUGGUAGCGCGUGGCCGUGCCAUGAGAGGGCGCGGCAUUCCCCCGCCUCCUCCCGGUGCUCCUGCGCUCAUAAGGGGCCGUGGUGUGGGCCCCCCGUUGCUGCGUGGGCCACAGGGGGGGUCACGCGGAGUCUCAUCCCCCAGGGGGGCCCCGCGAGGGCGCGGGGGACCUGGGGGGCCCGUGGAACGUGGCGGAAUGAGUGCACGCAGACCCAUCGGACGAGGUGCCGCCAGGGGUGCUUCGAGGGGGGCGCCGCCAACUCGUGGGAGAGGAAAUGCGGGCGGUGCCACUUCGGGUCCCAUCGCGUCCACCCCUUCCCAGGCCUACGAUGACAGCUAUUCCAGUUCACCGUAUGAAAGCCAUGGAUACGAGACUUACGAUUACUCCUCCUUGCCAACGUUCGACGCCUACGAUUACGAGAUGCCCGCCACACCAAGCGGUGUAGAAAGUUACGACUAUGGUCACGGAUCGACCGUGGAGGCGUACACUGGUUACGGGCAAGAGGAGAAGUGUGGAGGCUCUAACAAUCGGCUGAAGACUUCGUCGUCCCGCGCGAUGCGGUACUCUUACCGCGAACACCCGUACGGCCGGGGAGACGUAAGAAAUUCUGCUGUCUGACGCAGCAUACUUAACUUGCGUCAGGGGGGAAGGCCGGCCUCACACCGCGACCGUUUAUGCCGUCGAGUGUUGAUUCAGUCACAUCGUGAAGGGCAAGCGUGCCGAAGAAGCUGCAAAGGGCACAUGAGAUCUGUCUGCUGUAUAACGCACAACACUUCACCGGUCUCAUGCCCAACUCUCCACGGCUCAUUAGGAGGGACGGAUGCGUUGAAGUUUGAAAAAACGUGAGAAAAUAAUUAUGCAAGAACAAUUGUAGCCCAGUGUAAGUCCACCGCUGGGUAAAGUCCCCUCCCCCCCCACUCCGUGUUGGUCUUGCGGAUUGUUUGGCUGUACUUCGGCACUCGUGCUACGGUUUGCGUUGAAAAAGUUGGAGGCCCAGGACCCGUAUCGCUCGUCACUUGAUGUUAGCCACAGAUGGGAAUCAAAGGCGGCUCUCGCCAGGUUUGCAGCGUGGUGUGCCAACCACCACACCACUUCCCCCGCCGAAUUACCGCAAAGCGUAUUUGUGCGAAUUCCUCUUCAAUAAUAUAUAACGGGUGAAGUUUAUUUGAAAAGGGAAAAACCAAGAACACAUUUCGGUAAAAUAUUAAGUGCUGCAGUUGGCAGUGGCCCACAAUUAACAAAGGAAAUCCAUUCGUUAACACCUACUGGCAUAAAGGAAAAUACACAAUAGGCACAUGCAGAUGAGCAAUAGCCUUUGUCAUUUGACCAAAACUGUCAAUUUUUGUAUGGCCAAUUUGUCCUCCAGCUCCAGCCCUUGCGUUGAGAGUUGUUUUGAUCUUGUACCCAGACGUGUUACUGUAUUCUCUGGAUUAGAAGAUACUCCGAGAAGUUGGGACACAUUCCAAACUUACUAACAGAAUAAAGUUAUUCUAAUGUUUACACGCAGCUUUUGAUUAAAAAUACAGGGUAAAAAAAAAUGUGCUUUUCCAGAGAAUACGGUAUAAGUUUGAUACGGGAACACUUGCGUUUCUGGAUUUCCCAGCAACACCUGGCUCCACUCCCUGGGUGUCGCGAUGUCUGUGCUCACAACUACUCGCUAGAGUUUUAUACGUACGUAAUCUGUGUAUUUUAAACUGACUAAAAAUAACCAAAUCGUUAGCACUUAACUUUUUUUUUACAUAUUUGUAGCUUGUACAAAGAAUUCGCAACAUUUUAUGAACACAGUACGAAACUGAAAUGGGUUUUAUGGUUGGUUUAAAGUUUUGAGAGCGAGUUUCUAAAAAAUGUAACAAACUAAUGCUUGGCUUAUUUUGAAGCCCUUUCCUCUUGUGUGUUAAUCCUAUAAUAUGAAAUACAUUAUUAUUGAAAUCCCUCCCCACUAUUUUUAAUUAAAGUACGAGUUAAUUUAA